GCUGGCUCCUUCCUGGCUGACACAGUCGCCUUGCUUCUUCCCACCUAUUGGGAGCCCACCCGCCAGGGGAGCAGCCAUGCCCUACCUCUAUCGGGCCCCAGGGCCCCAGAAGCACCCGGUUCCCAAGGACGCCCGCGCCACCCACUCCUCGGGCCAGAGCUUCGAGCAGCUGAGGCAGGAGUGUGUGCAAAAGGGCAUCCUGUUUGAGGAUGCAGACUUCCCAGCCAACAGCUCCUCGCUCUUCUACAGUGAGAGGCCCCAGAUCCCCUUCGUGUGGAAACGGCCAGGGGAAAUAGUGGAAAACCCAGAAUUCAUCCUUGGAGGGGCCACCAGGACAGAUAUCUGCCAGGGGGAGCUUGGCGACUGCUGGCUAUUAGCUGCCAUCGCCUCCCUGACGCUGAAUGAAAAAGCUCUGGUUCGAGUCGUCCCCCAGGACCAAAGCUUUGGACCCGGUUAUGCUGGGAUAUUCCACUUCCAGUUCUGGCAGCACAGUGAAUGGCUGGAUGUGGUCAUCGAUGACCGACUGCCCACCUUCAGGGACCGCCUGAUCUUCCUCCACUCGGCCGACCACAGAGAGUUCUGGAGUGCCCUGCUGGAAAAAGCCUACGCCAAGCUGAGCGGUAGCUAUGAGGCUCUGAAGGGAGGCAGCGCCAUCGAGGCCAUGGAAGACUUCACCGGGGGUGUAGCAGAGACCUUUGCAACUAAAGAGGCUCCACAGAACUUCUAUGAGAUUCUAGAGAAGGCUUUGAAGAGGGGCUCUCUCGUGGGCUGCUCCAUUGAUAUCCGAAAUGCUACAGAGUCUGAAGCCCGGACACCUUUUGGUCUCAUUAAGGGCCAUGCCUACAGUGUGACAGGAAUUGACCAGGUAAACUUCCAAGGCCGGAACGUGGAGCUCAUCAGAGUCCGGAACCCUUGGGGCCAGGUUGAGUGGAACGGGUCCUGGAGUGACAGUUCCUCCGAGUGGCUUUCGGUCGGGCCAGCUGAGCAGAAGCGCCUGUGUCACACCUCUCUCGACGACGGGGAAUUCUGGAUGGCGUUUAGGGACUUCAAGACCCACUUUGACAAGGUAGAAAUCUGCAACCUGACUCCUGACGCCCUGGAGGAGGAUGCUGUCCACAAAUGGGAGGUGACGGUCCAUCAAGGAAGCUGGGUGCGGGGCUCCACCGCCGGGGGCUGCCGCAAUUUUCUAGAUACCUUCUGGACCAAUCCACAGAUAAAACUGUCCUUGAUUGAGAAAGAUGAGGGGCAGGAGGACUGCACUUUCCUUGUAGCCCUGAUGCAGAAAGAUCGAAGGAAACUCAAGAGGUUUGGUGCCGACAUGCUGACCAUUGGCUAUGCCAUUUACCAGAGCCCCCGCAAAGACGAACACCUGAACAAAGACUUCUUCAGGUACCAUGCUUCCCAGGCCAGAAGCAAAACGUUCAUCAACCUGAGAGAAGUCUCCGACCGCUUCCAGCUGCCCCCUGGGGAGUAUAUCCUGAUACCCAGCACUUUUGAGCCCCAUCAGGAAGCUGAUUUCUGCCUGAGGAUCUUUACAGAGAAGAAAAUUAUCACCCAGGACAUGGAUGGAGAUGUGAACAUUGACCUUCCCGAGCCUCCGAAGCCGACUCCAGCUGGCCAGGAGACAGAGGAGCAACUGCAGUUCCGGGCCCUGUUUGAACAAGUUGCCGGCGAGGACAUGGAGGUAACUGCAGAGAAACUGGAAUAUGUUUUAAAUGCUGUGCUGCGAAAGAAAAAGGACGUCAAAUUCAAGAAGCUCAGCCUGAUUUCCUGUAAAAACAUCAUUUCUCUAAUGGACACCAGCGGCAACGGGAAGCUGGAGUUCGCGGAGUUCAAAGUGUUCUGGGACAAGCUGCAGAAGUGGACAAACCUGUUCCUUCAGUUCGAUGCUGACAAGUCUGGCACCAUGUCCUCCUAUGAGCUGCGGACUGCCCUGAAAGCCACAGGCUUCCAGCUGAGCGGUCGCCUCCUGCAGCUGAUUGUCCUCAGGUACACAGACGAGAACCUCCAGCUGGGCUUUGAUGACUUCCUCAACUGCCUGGUCCGGCUGGAGAACGCGAGCCGGGUGUUCCAGGCGCUCAGUACAAAGAACAAGGAGUUCAUUCAUCUCAACAUAAACGAGUUCAUCAAGCUGACAAUGAACAUCUGAGGCUUCCCUGGCAAGGACGCACUCUGUCCGGCUGAGUCUUGACUUCUGGACCACGAACUUCAGAAUGUUUCUUGGUGUAGAGCUCUCCUCUCAUGACCCAACCUUCUCCUCCCCCCGCCCCACCAUCUUGAUCUUGGAAGAAUGAAAUGGACACAGCUCUGACCUCGGAUUUUAUGCUAUUUCUCUGUACAAUCACUUCCCGAAGAUGGCUGGUGCCUUACCUUCAGGUUCAGGCAUUCCCCCUUCCUUCUCCACCUCUUCCCACUACUAAUUAUCCAAAGUGUAACUCGGUGCAUAGAACCCUGGCUUCAACGGAGCAUCCAUCAUUAUACUCAAACAUCCGACACAGGACAAUG